AUGAACAACGAUGCAGCUCGGUUUGGUCUACUCACCUUGAGUUCCUCCAUUUUGUCUUCCACGGGUAGCACACCUUUUGUUCCGAAUGGCACCUUCGCCGCGUCGAGCUCGACAAAUACACUUCAAGGCCCUGCGUCCCAAUACGGGACCCUUACUUUUGGUACUCCUGCUGAGCAGGAGGAGGCCUUGCGUCCUAGGAGGGAUCUGCGCAAGCAGAGGGGCCGUUUGAAGGCAUCGAGAGCGCUUCAACAAGAAGCGUUUCAGCGGGUGCAAUCCUACCUUCAAAAUCAAGAAGACCGAAAGGCGUACCCUCCAGGCGUGUAUGCAUUGCCGAACCUGGCUGAGCCUGGGCCGUCUAAUGUCAUGUACGGAAUGGUGAAUGUGAAGUUCGGUGCUGGAUAUGAACCUCUAGGUAUGCAGGCUCAGGUAGUGAAUGUUGAUGUUCCUCCUCCUGUGAGUCCUGCCCCCUACGUCCCUCAGAGCACCAUAUAUCCAUUGUCGAUGUGCGGUCACAACCCCGCUCAGCAACAUUAUGUGCAGGCCGCUGCUGCACCUCCCGCUUCACCCACGCAAGAGCAUGCGUCCCAACUGCCUGACAGUGCACUUACCCCCUCCUACCCUCUCUGA